AUGUACUGGAAAAUUCUGUCCUUCCUUUUUGCCAUUCAGGAAAUCAACAAAGAUCCUCUUCUCUUGCCCAACCUCACCCUGGGUUAUUACCUCCAUGACAACUUUCGAGACAAAAUGUUGACAUUGGAUGGUCUGUUGGAUUUGCUUUCGACUGGAGAGGCCAAUGUUCCCAACUACAGCUGCGGAAGGAAGAGAAACAUGCUGGUUCUACUGGAAGAGACCAACUCUGAUAUAUCCAUCCUUAUGGCUGCCAUAUUGGGCAUCUACAAAAUCCCACAGAUUGUGGCACAUGCCUUAAAUGUGGUCAAUUCACCCCGAUCCCAGUGGACAAGGAUGGAGAGAAAAGACAAGGUGGAAGUUGAAAACAUUCAACCAUGGCAGCUUCACCAUUUCCUGAAGAAUCCUCAGAUCUACAACAACACCAUAGAAGGAAUGUAUUUGGAUAGAAAUGGAGAUUUGAUGGCUGACUUUGACAUUGUGAGAUGGGUGUUGUUUCCUAAUAAGUCGACCACCAGAGUGAAAUUUGGGAGUCUAGACAGAGAAGGAACCAUUGGAGUCAAAUUCAGCAUCAACAAGGAAGCCAUCACGAGCCCUCAGUGGCUCAAUCAGCCCUUGCCUUACUCCCAGUGUGUGGAGCCUUGUCAACCUGGCUAUUUCAGGGUGGUCCAGGAAGGAAAACCAAUCUGUUGCUACAACUGCGUCCCUUGUGCAGAAGGGAGCAUUUCCACCCAAGAAGAUGCAGACCACUGCACCAGGUGUCCAGACAAUCAGUAUCAGAACAAGCCUCGAGAUCAAUGUAUCCUCAAAACUGUCACUUUUUUGUCCCAUCAAGAGUAUUUGGGAAUUAUUCUUACUUUCUUUGCCCUAUUCCUGAUCUUAACCACAGUUUUAGUCUUGGGAAUCUUCAUUAAAUUCCAAGAAACUCCAAUUGUCAAAGCCAACAACCGGGACCUCUCCUAUAUCCUCCUGGUCUCCCUUUUUCUUUGCUUUUUGACUUCCUUUCUCUUCAUUGGACGGCCAAGGAGAACCACCUGCCUUCUCCGACAAACAAUUUUCAGCAUCAUCUUCUCAAUUGCCGUGUCUACCGUCUUGGCCAAAACAGUCAUGGUGGUGCUGGCCUUCCUGGCCACAAAGCCAGGAAACAGAGUGAGAGGGUGGCUGGGCAGGAGUCUGACCAACACCAUCAUAAUUUCUUGUUCCAGUGUCCAGGUUGUCAUUUGUUUCACCUGGUUAGGAGUCUUUCCUUCAUUCCCUGAUUCUGACAUGUAUUCCCAGCCUAGAGAGAUUGUUCUGCAGUGCAAUGAAGGCUCGGUCACUAUGUUUUAUGUUGCCCUUGGUUACAUGGGUUUUCAGGCUGCCAUUUGCUUCAUAGUGGCCUUCCUGGCCAGGAAUCUACCUGGGUCCUUCAACGAAGCCAAGCUGAUCACCUUCAGCAUGCUGGUCUUUUGCAGUGUCUGGAUCUCCUUUGUGCCUACCUAUCUCAGCACCAAAGGGAAAUUCACGGUUGCUGUGCAGGUCUUCUCCAUCUUGGCUUCCAGUGCUGGGCUGCUGGGUUGCAUCUUCAUCCCUAAGUGUUACAUCAUUUUGCUGAGGCCAGAUCUGAAUACAAAGGAACAUCUGAUGUUCAAAAGUGAAGUAAAAAAGUGAUGCUGAUGGAUGUUCUGGGGAUAUAAUUCCCACCCAAUAUAAUUCUCACCCAUUGGGUACUUUUCAGGAGAAAACACUAUCAGGCUGCUUUUUGAAGUGAUCUCCUGCUUAAGCCUAAUUUCCAUGUUUUUAUGUUUCUGUGUCUGGUAGUAUUAUUUAGCAUUUUGGGCUUCAUUAUUAGCCUUUAAGUGAGGACGUUAAUAGAAUUUUAGUCUGGCAGUGUUGACCUCCUUUCAGAUUUUAGGAAAGCAUGCUUUUUUCAUGGGGAGAAAGCAGCCUUUUCAACAACUGAAUCUUAGUCAGUGUAUUCUGAAAGUAAUUGAAUACACUUGCAAGUUUUAAGUAAGAUACUAAUCCAUCUUGGAAAGAGCAUGAUGUAACCCAUAAAUUUACCUCAUGUGGAAAGUAAUCUCUAGUCAAUAUUUUCUAUUGUUCACUUGUCAAAUGUAAUAAAUGUCUUUCAUUCUU